AUGAAUAUACAAUCACACACACACAUUUGUUUUAAACAUCAUAACAAAUUCAUGAACGCAGACACUAAUCAGUCACGCUUUCCGAUAUCUGAGCAACCUCCCACACACACACACACACACACUUCUGACUCACCCUCAUACGCACACUCGCAGUCUGUGGUCUUUGGUUGUGUUGUGGCUGCUGGGACCAGUUUGAAAAGACGAGUUAUUCUGAUUCUCAUGGCUGUAAAGAUGUCACAGCGAUACACCUGCACAAGGUUUCGUCACAUGAUUGGAAAGGCUGCGGUUAAGGGGCGGUGCUACCAUGGCCUGUCAAUCACACGCAGUGUGCAAAACAACCACUUCUGUGCUGUCAAUCCACGCUUCAUCGCCAUAGUGACAGAGUGUAUGGGGGGUGGGGCCUUCAUUGUCAUUUCUGUCCAUCAGACGGGGCGCGUGAGUCCUCUUCGUGCGCGCGUGUGCGGUCACAGCGCUCGUGUUCUGGACGUGAAGUGGGACCCUUUUAACGACCGCCGCAUCGCCUCCUGUUCUGAGGACUGUACGGUAAAGGUGUGGGAGAUUCCUCAGAAUGGGCUGAAGGAUCACAUGACACAACCGUGUAAAGAUCUGCUAGCUCACGGGUGCAGGGUGGCGCUCAUCGAGUGGCACCCGACCGCCAGAGACCUGCUGCUCAGCUCCGCCUACGAUUGCAAAGUGUUUGUGUGGUGUUUAGACACAGAUGUUAGUGUGAUACAGACACCGGUGUGUGUAAUAAACACACAUCAGCAGCUCGUUCUCUCUUUGACGUUUAAUCGGGAUGGAAGUUUAAUAGCCACAACCUGCAAAGACAAAAAAAUCAGAAUCAUCGAACCACGAACUGGACGUGUGCUGCAGGAGUCCAGCAGCACGUCUCACAGAGCCUGUAAGAUUUUAUUCCUGUGGAAUGUGAACAUGUUACUGACCACUGGAAAAUCCUGCUGGAAUCACAGACAGUUUGCACUCUGGAACCUGGUAACACACAUAAACACACACACACACGUGACUCUUCAGGCGACUCAGGUACGAGGAUUUAAAGGAACACAACUUGCAGCGAAACGGUUUCUGAUGUCCGUGGUCGACGUUUGUGGUGUGUGUGUGUGUGUGUGUGUGUGUGUGUGUGUGUGUGUGUGUUGUGUAGGUGUUAUGCCUAAGCGUGGUCUGGACGUCAGCGCCUGUGAGGUGUUCAGGUUUUACCGGCUGGUGGCAGUCAGAGAUCUGCUGGAGCCGUUGAGCUUCUGUGUGCCACGCAAGCAGUCUGGGGUUUUUCAUGAGGAUAUUUACUCGCUGACAGCAGCCAAUCAGCCGGCUCUGACUGCACACCAGUGGCUCAUGGGACAGAAUCAAGAUCCUGUGCUGAUGUCGCUGAGACCCGGAGGUAAAGAUCUUCGGCCAUGUCACAUCACAUCACAUGAUGAACUGCUGCGCUGUCAGGACACACGACACCUUCAUGACAUCAUCAUAGACACGCGCGAGUGGACUGAAGACGACACUCACAGCCACGACUGGAUCUCCGCACACACGCUCACAGACGCUCGCUGGACUAAAUGCAGCGGAUGUGAGACGGAACCUCAUGAAUCUUCUGUGUGUUCCAGCUCAGAGGUCAUAGGUCACGACAGGCGAACCCUGAUGUGAGAGUCACCUCUAACAGAAAAAUCACCCAAUACAACCGCUGGAGCUCAGCGUCACAUACAGACACAUGACAGCCCAGAGAACACCAGAACAUUUACAUGCCAGACUGAGAACACGUGACAACAUGCUUUCACACGCUUGAUUUCACAGAAUAAACCCAUGGACACACAUCACCAUCCCGCUCAUCACACGCUUACAUCAUCAGUAAAUGAUUAUUUUCAUAUCAAAUCUUGUAUGAACCCAUGCCGAGGAAAAUGUGUUUUCAGCGUUCACAUGGAAUUAAAUAUGAUCUCGUCAUGUGUGUUAUUCGUGAGACAUUGAUAUGAAACUGGCACUUCUUUUCCGAACUGUUGUUAUUGGGGACUGUGUGUGCCUGUGUGCACGCGUGUGUGUGUGCGUGCAUGUGUGUGUGUGCGUGUGUGCGCGAUUGUGUGUGUGUGUGUGCGCGCGUGUGUGUGUGUGUGCGCGAUUGUGUGUGAGCGAUUGUGCGUGCGUGAAGUUCUCUGAUCUCUGACGUCUGCUGUAAUGCUGAAGAACUCAUUCAACAGCCGUACUAUUUAAAAACUGUUUAUUAAAGCAUACGUCACUACACAACAAACACAAAUCUGACUUCUCAAGUUUGAUCAAAAUUACAGUACGAUGAUAUUUGUUGUUGUCUGUGUGUGUGUGUGUGUGUGUGUGUGUGUGUGUGCGUUGUUAUUGCUGGAUGUGUUUGUCAGGAAUGUGAAAUAAAUGACAUGAAGGAAGCGCACACGUUUGUUUGUCUUGAACAUGAAACACAGAUGACAGACGAUUGUGUGUUGGAUCCUCCAGACGUCUCAGUGGGAACACAGCUGAUGAUGUCUUGAUUCCCAUGAAGCCGUUCUUGUUGUGACGUGUAACGUGGGAAUGUUUGGAGUCAGCUCUCAUCGUUCAUUUCAGCAGAGCAUCUGAAGCUGUCACGCACACACGUGACUAGCAGGAACAUUGAUCACUGACCGUCAUCUCACAGAAUCAUUGAUUGUAGAUCGCAGAGAUGUUGAUUGGCUGGCUUCUCUGACAUCACAGUGUCACAAUAGCGAUAUGCUGUCUUUUUUUAACGUCCAGCGGUGUGUAAGCGCUUUACUCUGUGGAAGCCUCCCGAUCUGCAGUGCAUGCUGGGAAACAUCUUUGAUAUGACAUAAGGUGGCAGUGUGAAUCAAAGUUUGACCUUUGACCUUUAUGGAGACCCUGAGGAGGAAUGUAAACUCUAUUGUCGGCGACACACAUCUCUGAGGUAGCACACGUCGCUGUAGCGGUUUCUCGUGAGUCUUUGUGGCCUCAGAGAGACGGAAAAAACUUCAGGGUUCAGUGAAUUUCCUGUUGCUUUUUAAAGCACCUCAGUGGUUUCUCUCGCUGUGUGUGUGUAGGAA